AUGUUCUGUUGUUCGAAAAACAUAUUAGACGCGGUGGAUAGGAAAAGGAGGGACUAUGGAAUAUUCACGGAAAAAAAGAAAAACGAUGAGGGAAAUGAAUUAAUAUCAAUAUGUGAUAAUAAAGUAUCCAUAGUUAAUAUUUUAAGAAGAGGAAAUAAUCCCACGUCCAAUGAAAAGGAAGCAAAGGGCGACACAAGUAAGAAGAUGUCGCCGGUGUCUAAAUCCAAUGUGCUCAAAUAUUAUGAAGCGAACAUUUUGAAGGAAAGAAGUUCAAAGGGGGCAUCCCUUACAAAUGUAACAAAAAACCAAGAAGCGAAAAAAAAAAGAGAAGAUACGCGCAAGUCACACCAUGAUAAAUAUAAGAAGGAUGUUAUUAAGGACAAUUACGAGGUGGAUGAUUUUACGCAUUUGAAGGCGAAGCACGAUUUUAAAACUUUGAAGGAAAUACAGAGGCAGCUGAAAAAUUGCCUAAAGGAGCAGGAGUUUAGCAUCCACGAUGAUAUUUUGUUUUUGAACAUAUACAGACUAACCCACAAGAAAAUGUACUCCCUGAUGGAUAGGAAAAAGAAGAAUGCGGGCCACUACAACUGCAACGAAAUCCUGGACAUGAUAAUGAACGGGAAGCUGAACAAAAACAGCCUAAUUAAGCGAAAAUCGGAGGCACAAUAUGUGUACCUAAAAGAAAAAAUCGGCGAAAUUAAUUUUUUAAAAAAUAUGGAGCUACAAUAUUAUCUCAAAAUUAAGAAAAACAUACCCUCCAUGAAAUCUAAAUUUGAAGAAAAUUACACAAAGGAAAAUUCCCUAUUUCUGGAAUUCAGCGAAAAAUUAUUAGCGGAAAAGGUAAAGUCAUUAAAACAGUUCUUUGUUUCUCCCUACUGUAAGAACAUUGUAGAAAUAGUUUUAACACCUAAGAAGAAGAAGUGGAAUACAUUUUAUGGGUAUCAUAAGAUUUUCGUCGAUCUAUUUGUAACAAAACAUAUUUCUGUAUACUUUUAUCACAUCAUUGAGAAAAAAAUAGAAAAGCAUAAUUUGGCACAGAAGACAGGUCCUCUACAGUUAAGAAUAAAAUUGAAGACAAAUUACCCCCAAGCAGUAAAGACCAUUUUCCGGUACAUAUACGACAAAACUUUGAACCUUCACGAAUUGGAUUUUAAAUUAUUGGUGACUGUAUAUAUGGAGUGUGUUCAUUUAAAAAUUCUGAGCAUCAUGGAUGACGUGAUUGAGGUUAUUUCUCAGAAAGCCACCUUCGACAACAUCAUUGGGGUGAUGGGGCUGGCGUCCAGCUUUAAGAAAAUCGCGAUUCCCCUGUUUAACGACUUCGCACGAAUCAUUUCGGACUCGGGGGGGUACCUCUUUUCGAAAAAUUACCAUUACCUGCUGGACAGCAAAACAUAUAGCCACUUCCUCGGCAGCGAUAACCUCAUCUUGAACGAAAUGAGGCUCUUCAUCGAAUCCGUAAAGUUCAUAAUCAAGAACAACUGCAACAUGAAAGAACAAAACUUAAUUUUCCAAAACAUCAGAUUCAACCUCCUAUCCAUGGAACAACUGCAAGAAAUUCACCAGUACAUAAAAAAUUGCUUCGAAGACAUUAUACAUAGCAAGUACGACGAGACGAAUUUCAUUUGCAUGAGGUACCGACACUCCAAGUUGAGGAUAAAGGAAGAAUAUCCAAAUAAUGACCACAGGGAAAAUUCCAAUGAAGCAAAUGAUCAGAGUAAAGAAACUGCUGAGGGGGACAAAUCAGAUGAUGUAAAGACAAACGAAGAAGUGGCACCUGUUGCAGGACCCCCCAAGUUUUCCUUCUCUGAAGAAAUAAAACACUUAAACGAAUUUUACAAAAUAAUAAAUAAAGAAGCAUUUGAACCCCCGUAUAUUAGUAAGAAGAAAAAAGAAUUCUUAUCCACUAAGAGAAUAACCAUUUGCAUGAACAAUAUUUACAACAUCCUUUUUGAUCAUAUUUUCAAAAAGGUGGGAAAUCAAAAGGAAGUUAAGGAGAGAUGCAGGAUAUGGAAGGAAAAUAAAAACUUCUUGUGUGUAAACGAUUUUACCAAUGAAAACUAUUCCUUCCAAUUAGUUAAAAAAAAAGAAAGUACAGAUAAGUAUUCUUUCACACAUGGGGACGAAAGGUUGAUAAGCGAAUGUAAGUUGGUGUACCAAAUUGUACAAAGCAAAGAGAGUAAUAUUUCCAUCGGGGUCAUCUUAAAAAGGAAGGAAUUAAACAAUUUAUCCAACGCACAGAAUUGUAAAAUCCCAGUGACGUUACUCGAAUGUAGUGACCAGCUGGUCAUUUAUUUUGACUUUUUUGUAAAUGAUUUUUACGUGUGCAAUUUUGACAAUAACACCUCCACGUUAUUGAACAGGACAAAAUUGAACAUACAUGCACAUGAAAAUAAAUUACAAAAUGGGGACAUGAUUAUUUACAACGUAGCCGUUAUAAAUCAAGCCCUCGAAAUUGAUAUCACAAUAUUACCAAAGGGAAUUAGCUUUUCCUUUUCCUUUCCGCUGCUAAAACCGACCAUUUGGGGCGGACAGGUGAUAAAAAGACCCUUCAUCCACGUGAAGCCCUUUUUCGCCCUCAAGGAUGCCUUAGACUCUAUUUCCGUGCCCAUCGUAAAGUUCUAA